CUUCCAGGAUUCAAAAAAUGUUUCCCUUGAAGGAUACUGAUAUGGGUGCCUUUACCUUCUUUGCCUCAGCUCUGCCACAUGAUGUUUGUGGAAGCAAUGGGCUUCCUCUCACACCUAAUUCCAUCAAAAUUUUAGGGCGCUUUCAAAUCCUUAAGACUAUCACCCAUCCCAGACUGUGCCAGUACGUGGAUAUAUCUAGGGGAAAGCAUGAAAGACUGGUGGUGGUGGCUGAACACUGUGAACGGAGCCUAGAAGACUUGCUUCGAGAAAGAAAACCAGUGAGUUAUUCAAAAGUUUUGUGCAUAGCAUUCGAGGUACUUCAAGGCUUGCAGUAUAUGAACAAACAUGGUAUAGUACACCGGGCACUGUCUCUUCAUAAUAUCCUGUUGGACCGAAAGGGACAUGUUAAAUUGGCUAAAUUUGGUCUUUAUCACAUGACGGCUCAUGGUGAUGAUGUUGAUUUCCCUAUAGGGUAUCCAUCAUACUUGGCACCUGAGGUAAUUGCACAAGGAAUUUUCAAAACCACUGAUCAUGUGCCAAGUGAAAAACCACUGCCGUCUGGCCCCAAAUCAGAUGUGUGGUCUCUUGGAAUUAUUUUGUUUGAGCUUUGUGUGGGAAGAAAAUUAUUUCAAAGCUUGGAUAUUUCUGAAAGACUAAAAUUUGUGCUUACUUUAGACUGCGUAGAUGACACUGUAAUAGUUCUGGCUGAAGAGCAUGGUUGUCUGGACAUUAUAAAGGAGCUUCCUGAAAAUGUGAUAGAUCUUUUGAAGAAGUGCCUCACCUUCCAUCCUUCUAAAAGGCCAACCCCAGAUGAAUUGAUGAAGGACAAAGUGUUCAGUGAAGUGUCCCCUCUAUAUCCUCCCUUUAACAAACCUGCCGGUCUGUUUUCAUCUUCUCUGAGAUGUGCUGAUUUAACCUUGCCUGAGGAUAUCAGUCAGUUGUGUAAAGAUAUAAACAAUGAUUAUCUGGCAGAAAGAUCUAUUGAAGAAGUUUAUUAUCUUUGGUGUUUGGCUGGAGGAGACUUGGAGAAAGAGCUUGUCAAUAAGGAAAUCAUUCGAUCCAAACCACCUAUCUGCACACUCCCCAAUUUUCUCUUUGAAGAUGGUGAAAGCUUUGGACAAGAUCGAGACAGAAGCUCCCUUUUAGAUGAUACCACUGUGACGUUGUCAUUAUGUCAGCUAAGAAAUAGAUUAAAAGAUGUUGGUGGAGAAGCAUUUUACCCAUUACUUGAAGAUGACCAGUCUAAUUUACCUCAUUCAAACAGCAAUAACGAGUUGUCUGCAGCUGCUACUCUCCCUUUGAUCAUCAGAGAGAGGGACACAGAGUACCAACUAAACAGAAUUAUUCUCUUUGACAGGCUGCUAAAGGCUUAUCCAUAUAAAAAAAAUCAAAUCUGGAAGGAAGCAAGAGUUGACAUUCCUCCUCUUAUGAGAGGUCUGACCUGGGCUGCUCUUCUGGGAGUUGAGGGCGCCAUUCAUGCCAAGUAUGAAGCAAUUGAUAAAGACACUCCAAUUCCUACAGAUAGACAGAUUGAAGUGGAUAUUCCUCGCUGCCAUCAGUAUGAUGAACUGUUAUCGUCACCAGAAGGUCAUGCAAAAUUUAGGCGUGUAUUAAAAGCCUGGGUAGUAUCUCAUCCUGAUCUUGUGUAUUGGCAAGGUCUUGACUCACUUUGUGCUCCAUUUCUGUAUCUAAAUUUCAAUAAUGAAGCCUUGGCAUAUGCAUGCAUGUCUGCUUUUAUUCCCAAGUACCUGUAUAACUUCUUCUUAAAAGACAACUCACAUGUGAUACAAGAGUAUCUGACCGUGUUCUCUCAGAUGAUUGCAUUCCACGAUCCAGAGCUGAGUAAUCAUCUCAAUGAGAUUGGCUUUAUUCCAGAUCUCUAUGCCAUCCCUUGGUUUCUCACCAUGUUUACUCAUGUAUUUCCUCUGCACAAAAUUUUUCACCUCUGGGAUACCUUACUCCUUGGGAAUUCUUCUUUCCCAUUUUGUAUUGGAGUGGCAAUUCUUCAGCAGCUGCGGGACCGGCUUUUGGCUAAUGGUUUUAAUGAGUGCAUUCUUCUCUUCUCUGAUUUACCAGAAAUUGACAUUGAACGCUGUGUGCGAGAAUCGAUCAACCUGUUCUGUUGGACUCCUAAGAGUGCUACGUACAGGCAGCAUGCUCAGCCUCCAAAGCCAGCUCCUGACAGCACUGGAGUCAGAAGCUCAGCUCCUUUUUUCUCUUCUGAGUGUCCAGACCCUCCAAAGUCAGAUCUGGUAUGUAUUUGCAGUUUUAUUCGAGGUCACAUUUCAGGUAGCAUCAACAUUCCAUUCAGUGCUGCAUUCACUGCGGAAGGGGAGCUUACCCAGGGCCCUUACUCUACUAUGCUCCAGAACUACAAGGGGAAGGUCAUUGUCAUCGUGGGGCAUGUGGCAAAGCACACAGCCGAGUUUGCAGCUCAUCUUGUGAAGAUGAAAUAUCCAAGAAUCUGUAUUUUAGAUGGAGGCAUUAACAAGAUCAAGCCAACAGGCCUCCUCACUGUGCCAUCCCCUCAAAUAUGAAGAACCCAGAGGGUGACUGCCAAAGGACGGAGUGGCAGCAGCGCCGACAGCACAGACCUCCCCGCCAAGCCACCCCGAGACAGAUGGGGCAUCCAGAUUGCUGUAUCUCCAUGAACCUUUGUCUCGAGACAUCUUUUUAAAUCUCAUAACUCAAAUGUUUGGCUAUCCAGGCAAGAAACUUGACUGUACAUGUAUUGCUGAAAGAAUUUCUUAACAGUGAAAUCUGAUCAUGUAUUUUUACCACACUGCCACAUAAAGCCUAAAGAAUUCAGCUGACAGAGCAAAUUUAGCAUUAUCAAGAAAUCCCAGUUGCACUGAAAAAGCUGUCCUCCGUUGCGCUGAACAGGCAGUCCUAACAAUGGGAUUACAUAUAUUUAAAAAUGGAGACUGAACGUGGGCUGAAAUCAUCAUCUUUCCGUGAUAAAAAUUGAAAAGCUCCUUAUAAUGCAUUC